AUGUGGUUCCAGAUCUCCUUUUUCGAUUCUUCUGAGCUUGAUGUUUGGUGUAAGGUUAGAUUGGAGUUCUAUUGCUUCAAUUUUUUGUUCUUUCUUCUUUGAUUUGGUAAUUUUUGGAUUGAUAUUGUGCUGCGUGAGACUCGAUUGGAGCUUGGUGUGAUCUUUGAUCUUCGAUUUUGAGGUAAUCGAUUUUGUCUUGUGAAUUCAUAUUCAUUUUUUGAGGUAUUCGAUUUUAUUGUAGUCUGAUUUUUGGUGAUUUCAUGUUCGAUUAAUUAAAUUGUUGAUUAGGUUUUCGUUUUUAAUUUUUGCAGUCUUGGAGUUUAAAUUUGAAAUGCUUCUCCAAUUCUUCUUGAUUUUAUCUGUUUAUUUUUGUUAUUGCUGAUUUGGAGGUAAGCUAUUUGAUUUUCUGAUUUCGUUCUAAUUUGUAGUUAGAUAUUCGUUUGGGUUUUAAAUUGUGAUUUUAAUUUUUUUUUUAUAAUUUGGAUUAAUUUCAGAUUCGUUUUGAUUGUGGAUUUGCUCUUGUGUUUUGGUUUGAGGUGUGGUGAAAAUUUUGUGAUAUUCGAUUUGGUUUUCAUAUUAAUUGAGGUAUGCUUUUUCAGUUGAAUCUGAGUAUAUUCGUGUUUUUUCUGUUUAUGCACUAUUGAUUUUUGAGUCGACUAUAAUUCACUCGGCAUCCACUGUUAUUGCUAGUAGUCAUUUUUGUUUUGUUUGUUAUUUUUUGUAGAGAUAUGGAUGAUUCAAGAGUGGCGAAGUGCACCUAUGGUGCUGGAACUUUAAUGUUUAUUUUGUCUUCAACUACUACUUUUGAUUGGGUGUCCAACGAGUUGUGUAGUAGGUUUAAGCUUAAGUUAGGUGAUUUUGAGUUGAGGUACUCUUUUACGGAUUGCUCCAAUUGUUUAUUGGAAUAGGAUGAUGAUUUGAAAAUCAUGUUUAUGGUAUGUGGACUGAUGAAGGAUCAAUUAAUUCACAUUGCAAAUGUUAGGGAUAAGGCUGUAGUGAAUCAUGUUCAAACUGUUCAUACGAACAUAAUUGCUUCUCCUUUUUUGUUGGAGGCUGUUCCUAACAAUGACAGUUUUGCACAAGAUGAGGAUACAUGUAAAGAUUCAAGUCAAACUGGUAGUAUUGUUGAUUCAAGUGCAGCUUCUUCUUCUUGUUUGAGUAUGGAUUUUGAUGGUAUUAGUAGUGAGUUUGGAAAUGAAUAUUUAGGCAAAUAUGGUAGUUGUGGAGGUCGUAAGUAUUUGUCUACUGAUUGGGAGGGUUAUAUUACUCAUGAGGGUCAGAAGUUUGAGGGUGGAGUUUGUGAAUUCUGUGAUAAGUUGGCUAAGUACACGAUUGAGAAUGGUUUUAGGAUGAAGUAUUUGAAAAAUGAGCCUCUUCAUGUUACUGCCGUGUAUGCUAAGAAGGAAUCAAAUGGCUGUGAGUGGCAUGUGCAUGUUGUUAAGUCUAAUGUAAAUGGAUUCUUUUAUAUUAAGAAUUUAAAUAACGUACACAGUUGCAGUAGUUUGAUCCGUGAGAAGAGAAAUAAGGCAAUGGGGUCUCGUUUGGUGUCUUCAAUUGUCAAAGAUAAAGUUCGUAGCAAUCCUUUGGUAAGGCCUAUUGAGCUGAUUACUGAUUUGAAGGAAAAUUAUGGAUUGGAUAUCCCUUAUCAUGUUGCAUGGUAUAGGAAGGAGUCGGCUACUAAGGAUUUACAUGGUGAUGAGGAGUUGUCUUAUGCUCACCUGCCUUGGUAUGUGGAUGUUUUGAAGGCCAGCAAUGUCGGAUCUCAUUGUGUGCUUGACUGUGGCGAGGAUGGUUCUCGUUUCCAGCGGAUCUUUAUAUGUUUUAAGGCCUCUAUUGAUGGUUUUCUAUGGUGUAGGCCUAUGCUGUUCAUUGAUGGUACUUUUAUCACAAACAAGUACAAGGGUACUCUUUUAGGAGCUACUGCAAAGAAUGGAAAUAGAGAAGUAUUCCCUUUUGCCUUUGGAAUUGUAUCCGGUGAGACUGUAGACAAUUGGAGGUGGUUUCUGCAAAGGAUAUCUGAAGUCUUGGUGGAUGAAGGUAGGCAACUUGCAUUCAUUUCUGAUAGGCAUGGUGCUAUUAUCGAUGCUGUUAGGACUGUUUUUCCUGCUUCUGCCUAUGGUUUUUGUCUAUAUCAUUUGAAAGAGAACUUGAAAAAGAAGUAUCCGCAUUCUAGGUAUGGGGAGGUUAGUAAUGCCUUGUUCGAGUCGUUUAAUUCAUGGGUUAAGGAUGUGAGUAGGCUUCCAAUUUAUGAGAUGAUUGACAUUGUUAAGGUCAAAAUGAUGGAGAUGAUUUCUAGGAGGAAGCUUGCAUCCGAGAAAUGGUGUAGUGUUUUGUGUCCAGUUAUUGAGGAUGAGUUGAAGAAUUUAGCUGCAAAGGGUCAUCAUUGGAGGAUAUGUCACGCGAGUGAAUCUAUAUUUGAAAUUCAUGCUGAUUUGAGUGUUAUGCAUGCGAUUCAAGUUAUCCAACAUUCUGGGUUAUGUUUGUACAACUUUGUUAAUGAGUAUUACAAGGCAGACUUUUAUAGGGCUACUUAUGCAACCCCUAUAUUUCCCAUACCUGAUAUUGAGAAGCCUCCUACUAGAGAUGUUUUUCUUCUACCUCCUCAUACAAGAAAGCCUCCAGGACGAUCUCCAACAAAGCGCUUCAAGUCAAGCAGUGAAACUAAAGGGCAGGUGAAGUGCAAGAGAUGCGGUUGUUGUGAUCGUCAUAAUAAGAGGACUUGCAAGGCUCUUAUUUGA